AGGCGGGCGCUGCGCGGGAGGGUCGCCGCCGCGGAUCGCAGGCCGGUGCGCGCGGCCGAGCGGGCGGCGGCGACGGCGACGGCGGCGGCGGCGGCGGUGGUGGUGAGGAGGGCUCGGCGGCUGGCAGGCUCGGGGCUCCCGGGCCGGCGGGGUCCGCCGGGUCCAAUUGCGUCCGCUUGGUGGCGGGAGGAGGGAGCGGUGCAGACAAAGAGCGGCAUCUGGGCGGGCGCAGCGCGGCCGCCGCCCCGGGACUCGGUGCUGCUGCCCUCCGGCCUCGGCGUGCACUGUGCAGCGAGAUCCCCCAGGUUCCUCUCCUAUAGUGUCAUCCCAGCUGGCUUAAGAGCGUGGAGGAUCACUGUAGCUCUGUCACCUUCAAGGUGUCCUCAGACAGCAGAAAACCUCAUCUUUCUGAAGAGUGCUACAAUUUUUCCAGUCACCUCUUGUAACUGUGUGCCAAAGAAGGACUCCAUGAAAGAUGACAGAAGAAGUCAUUGUCAUAGCCAAGUGGGACUACACUGCCCAGCAGGACCAGGAGCUCGACAUCAGGAAGAACGAGCGGUUGUGGCUGCUGGACGACUCCAAGACGUGGUGGCGGGUGAGGAAUGCAGCCAACAGGACAGGCUAUGUGCCUUCCAACUACGUGGAGCGUAAGAACAGCCUAAAGAAGGGCUCCCUGGUGAAGAAUCUCAAGGACACACUAGGCCUCGGAAAGACGCGCAGGAAGCCAAGUGCACGAGAUGCGUCCCCAACGCCAAGCACUGAUGCAGAGUACCCAGCCAAUGGCAGCGGUGCUGAUCGCAUCUAUGACCUCAACAUCCCAGCCUUUGUCAAGUUCGCCUACGUAGCAGAACGAGAGGAUGAGCUGUCCCUGGUGAAGGGCUCCCGUGUCACAGUUAUGGAGAAAUGCAGUGAUGGCUGGUGGCGUGGCAGCUUCAACGGGCAGAUCGGCUGGUUCCCCUCCAACUAUGUGCUGGAGGAAGCCGACGAAGCUGCAGCUGAGGCCCCCAGCUUCCUGAGCCUACGUCGAGGCACUGCGCUGAGUAAUGGGCAAGGUGCACGGGUGCUGCACGUGGUGCAGACUCUGUACCCCUUCAGCUCGGUCACGGAGGAGGAGCUUAGCUUCGAGAAAGGGGAGACCAUGGAGGUGAUUGAGAAGCCUGAGAAUGACCCUGAAUGGUGGAAAUGCAAAAAUGCCCGAGGCCAAGUGGGCCUGGUUCCCAAAAACUAUGUGGUUGUUCUCAGUGAUGGGCCUGCACUGCACCCCACGCACACUCCCCAGAUCAGCUACACCGGGCCUUCAGCCAGCGGGCGAUUUGCUGGUCGGGAGUGGUACUAUGGCAACGUGACACGCCACCAGGCUGAGUGUGCGCUCAAUGAACGGGGCGUCGAGGGCGACUUCCUCAUUAGGGACAGCGAGUCCUCGCCCAGUGACUUCUCCGUGUCUCUCAAAGCAUCAGGGAGAAACAAGCACUUCAAGGUGCAGCUGGUGGACAGCGUCUACUGUAUUGGGCAGCGGCGGUUCCACAGCAUGGACGAGCUUGUGGAGCACUACAAGAAGGCCCCCAUCUUCACCAGCGAGCACGGGGAGAAGCUCUACCUCGUCCGAGCCCUGCAGUGAAAGCAGCCAUUGGCCCCCCUCAUGCCCUGCCCACUGUGGGCCUCGCUGCCACCUCCGCCUCCCAGAGCCCAGCACUUCUGGCCACCUCCACCCAUGUGGCCUGGAUCACCUGUGUGGCCCAGUCUGUCCUUCUUUUCAGCCCUGUUGGUCAACCAUAGCUACUUAGGCCCUCACAGCCAUGCCCAUGGCCACCACCUUCUGGUGAUGAGGGUCAAAAGGGAGCAAAGCUACUCACUUUUUUCCUUUUCAGUUGGAAACAGUCUGUUUGAAUCCUUACACACACACACACACACACAGAGAGAGAGAGAGAGAGGAGAGAGAGGAGAGAGACUGACUGACUAAAAGACCGGAGCUUAUUCGGAGGGUAGUGAGGCUAUAUGUAGUGAAUAUGUGACCUUGGCACACACUCCGAGAGCUGUGUCCAUGGGUGUUUGGUGCCUCUCAUCAGCUAUGCUGGUCCAGGCCAGCAGCCUGUGUCCUGGGCCUGCUUUUCUUUUCUAUUUCUUUUUUCUUUUCUUUUUUUUUUUUUUUUGGCUCCAGGCUCUGCAGGAGUCCAAAAAAUGUGCGGAUAGCAAUACUGGAAACCCUGGGGAGAUGGUGGUGAGGAAACUGCCCAGUGCCUUUGAGGCUGUACUUGCAAUAAAAGAGGGUUUUGGUGAGAGUUGGUCUGCAAAAGCAGGAGGUGGCAACGCAGGAAGAUACUGUGGUGACGUACCCCAGGUGUGCCAUCCACAUCGUGCUUUUGCUCUUUGGCUUGUUCGAAUUUCACAAUUAUGUAUUUAAUUCUCAAAGUAAUACGUAUCUGUAGCUGUUUGUUGACACUAAUAACAGAUGAUUAAGGAAAACAGCUGAUCUCUUGGGAAGGGGAGCUACCAAUACUUUAUACAUACACUAUAUAUAUAUAUAUAUAUAUAAUAUGUGUAUAUUAUAUAUAUAUUAUUUGCUUUACAGGGAAAUUUUUCAGGGUUUACAAAAGAAUAUGUGAUUAGUAGAAACAGAAUGUUUAUGAAGAAAUUGCAUUUUCAUUUUUCUUUACAUUUGAACUUCUUUAUAGUUUGACUAUAGAGUCUUGAGAUGGCACAUUCCUACAAUUGAAGAAGGGGUCUUGGGAUCCCCUAAACUUGCAUACCCAGUUUUUUGAAUAUUGUAAUAAAAAAAAAAGUAUUAUGACAA